GCUGUGCCAGGCGAGCCGGAGGGGUGCUCCGCGCUCCCCCGCCCUCCUUCCGGGAGCGAGGAUGCAGACUCUAGAACUGGUGCUGCUGGGCUGAGGAGGAGGCAGGGGAGUUGCAACGCGAGUGUGUCUCCUGCGCGCCCAGAGGCGGGGGGAGGCGGAGGACCAGGAGGCGGAGGAGGAGGGGGAGAAUGCCUGGAGCUGCCGCCGCCGCCGCCGCGAUGCUCCCGGCUCAGGAGGCUGCCAAGCUGUACCACACCAACUAUGUGCGGAACUCGCGGGCCAUCGGCGUGCUGUGGGCCAUCUUCACCAUCUGCUUUGCCAUCGUCAACGUGGUGUGCUUCAUCCAGCCCUACUGGAUCGGCGACGGCGUGGAUACCCCGCAAGCCGGCUAUUUCGGGCUCUUUCACUACUGCAUCGGCAACGGCUUCUCCCGGGAGCUGACCUGCAGGGGCAGCUUCACGGACUUCUCCACGCUGCCCUCGGGCGCCUUCAAAGCUGCCUCGUUCUUCAUCGGCCUCUCCAUGAUGCUCAUCAUCGCCUGUAUCGUUUGCUUUACCCUCUUCUUCUUCUGCAACACAGCCACCGUGUAUAAGAUCUGUGCUUGGAUGCAGCUCACCUCCGCUGCCUGUCUUGUGCUCGGCUGUAUGAUUUUCCCCGAUGGCUGGGAUUCAGAUGAAGUAAAACGGAUGUGUGGGGAAAAGACAGACAAGUACACUCUCGGGGCCUGCUCCGUCCGCUGGGCGUACAUCCUGGCUAUCAUUGGAAUAUUGGAUGCCCUGAUCCUCUCAUUUCUCGCGUUUGUGCUCGGGAACCGACAAGACAGCUUGAUGGCGGAGGAACUGAAGGCAGAAAACAAAGAUGACGGGAAUGCUUAAAGCAAACUAAGGUAGUGUAAGACCACACCAUUUCUGCUAAGCCAAUAUUCUCUAGAAUGAGCACAAAACAAGUCAAACAACAGCUAAACAAACAGCUUUGUACAUCAACAUCAAGAAGGAAGACACUUGGGAGAGACCAGAGUCCAGAGACGAAUAUGCACAAAGUCUACUUGUCGACACACCUGCUAAUCUAGGUCAGCAGAGCUGCGGUGGUUUUCCGAGCGGAGCUACGACUACGGAUUAAACACCAGCUCACUGGAAACUGUCAUUAAAUAAGAUCAGAUAACAUUCAUGAAAAUCAUAAUCAGGAAAUAGUUUAAGAAAGAAGAAUACACACCUGCUAGAAUUAACAUGUAAAAUACGUAUGUACUGAGGUUUAUAAGCUGUCCUUUUUAAAUCAAACUGAAAACAAAAAAAAGCUUUAAUCUUUCAAUAUUACUAAAAGAAACACAAGGGCAGUUAGUUCUAGAUUAUUCCUGUCUCAGUAGCCAAGAAGCUGAUUAAGGGUCAUUUAUUGAGAAAUGCCCCUGAUCUUUGGUUCCUCAACAUUAUUGUCCACUCAUUUCACUGUGCAAUUAGUUACAACCACUUGGUUAUUAAGAGGUGUAGCCCCUCAAACUUCCUGCCAAGUGUGUGUUCAGUUUAAUCUGUCUGAGUCAUCGCCAAGGAAAUGUUUCUGCCGUGUGCUAUGACUCCAUCAAACUGUGAAUACUAGGAAGUAUACCGUCACAUGAUAGGUUCCCGUAGAUGCCCCUGUCAUUGAUGAAACAGCAUCAAGGAACUCUGAACAGUAAAGAAAGUUUCUUUUCACCUGGAUGCUCUCUCAUGUAAUAUACAGGCUGCUAUCAAAUAGACACCUUUUCUAGUUCCCCUCGAAUAUGCAUAGGAAUUUAAUAUACUUUACUAGUAGAUACCUAAAAUAUGAGUUCUCUAUUUCUUUAUUCUGUAUGUCAUUAGAAACCCAUAUCCUUUAAUUCCUUUACUGACAUAUACUCAUUUUUGUUUUGAUAAAAGAAAUUGUUCCAUUAAAUCUACUUCUAAAUAAGAGUAAGUGGUACUAACAAAAUAAAUAAAAACAACUUUAUAGCCUUAGAAGUAAAUAACUCUAUACUUAUACAUGUCAAAAGGACUUGAUAGAAAUAAGUUACCUUUUGUUUAUUAAUGUUGAUUUGGAAAGUUCUCAUAUGUUUUCUUUCCUUUGGGUUAGCCAAUGAUUGGUAGUAGUUACAACUCACCACCUGUCUUCAAGGAUCUUUUCCCCCAGGUACCCCCAACCAUUGCCCUCAUAACAUCUCCUGCUUAAAUCCAACACCAGAGAAACGCUUAAUAUUGAAGUAGUUCUUUGUCUGAGGGUAAACACAAGCUGAGGUGCACAUGAAGGGGGCUCUGUGGAAGAGCCCAGAUUAUAUACCUGAGCACAAACACACACACACACACACACACACACACACACACACACACACAUAGAAUGUCUUCACUCACGGGCUCAGAUAAGGUUGAAUUCGCAUUUGUCGCUAGAACAUCAGGUGGAGCCUAACGUAGAAUCAGGGUUUCCCUCUUUUGUGCUCACAUAAAACCACAUUCGUAUUUUUAGCCAUGUUUUCACCAUGAGCCAAAGGUUUCAAAUGGCUAAAAGUACAUUACAGAUACACUCAAGUGCUCAAGGAAGUAAAACCCAGUUCACAGAGGUGUGACUUUCCUAAAGAACUAUAUUAAGGGAACACUUGGUCUCUAUAACUACAGUAUAAGUCAUUCUGGGGGCUCUUUGUUGUCCGGAUGCAUUCUAAAUAUCCUACUUACUAAUUGAAUUACACACAACUUUUACUUUGUUUCAUUUUUCGAGACAGGGUUUCUCUGUGUAGCCCUGGCUAUUCUGGAACUCUCUCUGUAGACCAGACUGGCCUCAAACUACACACAACUUCUUUUAAAAUAUCAUCUUUUAUUUAAGGGGAGACAUCUCAUAAUCUACACUAAAAACAGAAGGUUUUAGACUCCUCUAACCUAUGUAAACUAUGGUUCUGUCUGGAGUCUUACAUCACUAGCAGUAAUGUUUAAAAAAAUUAAAAGUUCUUCCUCGCCACAUGAGAAUUUCUUUAAGAGAUUUUUGCCAUGAAACCUAAGUGUAAUUUAGCAUACCACCGAGCUAUGAAGAUGGGUCAUUGAUGAUAUACCAUUUGUACAUAGAUAAUAUACAUGUAAAUCACUAAAUGUUAAGUAUAAGAAGUAUGUUUUUACCUUUCAAAAAAAAAGACUCCCUUUCUCAUUCUGUUCCGUUAUAUUAUGUCCAAAAGUUGUGUGCAAUUUUUUUAAGGUCCAGGAAAUGUAAAGAAAUUUAUUGGAAUAUCUGAAUUUCUGUAAAAAAAAUAAAAAAUAAGA